CCAUUCUCUAUCCUGAAAAUGUAACCACCUCAAAAUGAACCCCCAAUUCCUCUCCCUCCUCCUCGGGACGCUGACCCUGGCGAUCCCGAUUCCCGUCCCUUCGCACGGAGUCUUCGUGACCAACAACAACAUUGACAAUCCCAUUAAUAAUAUCCAUCCCACUCCCACACCAGAACCCCCAGUGGAUCCCCCACCGACCGUUGCUUUCAUUUCCAAUAUCAACACGCAUUCUUAUUAUCAACCGCAACGCCAACACCUGCUAUCAGUUCCACCCUCACCGAAGCCCGACAAAACACCCCCCCACCGUCCCCACCCGCCGAAGGGAAAGAAUCCCCGUGGAAAUGGAAUGUGUCCGAUCCAGAGCCACCACUCCAACCAGAGUCAGGGCUAGGGCUGGUCCUGGAAACAGGGGUCGCAUCCACCCGUCCUCUUUCUGGCAGUGGUGGUGGUUCUGGUCUCCCGCGAGACGAUACCGGAGAGACCCAGUCCCAAACACCGAGUCAGGGUGAGG